GUAUCGACUUGGAUCGCCACCAUGUGCGCGGCACCCACCGCAAGGCGCCCAAGAGCGAGAACGUUUACUUGCAGGUCUUGGUGAAGCUCUAUCGUUUCCUCGCCCGUAUGACACCAACCACUUCCUGACCAUCAGAAUACCCAGCAAAUGAAGACUGAUAAAUUUGCUCCAUGUCAGGUCGCACGGAAUCAAACUUCAACAAGGUCGUGCUCCGUCGCCUUUUCAUGUCCCGGAUCAACCGCCCCCCGGUUUCCAUCUCGCGCAUUGUCUCCAACGUUACCGACUCCCACAAGGGCAAGACAAUUGUUGUGAUCGGAACCGUGACCGACGACAACCGCCUUCUCACCGUCCCCAAGCUCUCGAUUGCCGCUCUCCGCUUCACUGCCACUGCUCGCGCCAGGAUUGAGAAGGCCGGUGGUGAGACUCUUACUCUCGAUCAGCUUGCUCUGCGCGCCCCCACUGGAGCCAACACUCUUCUGCUUCGCGGACCUAAGAAUGCCAGAGAGGCUGUCAAACACUUUGGCUUCGGCCCCCACAGCCACAAGAAACCAUAUGUGCGCAGCAAGGGCCGCAAAUUUGAGCGUGCUCGUGGUCGGAGAAGGUCUCGUGGUUUCAAGGUUUAAAAAUAGGGGUCAGGCUCAUACUUUCCUUGUUAAGUAGAUGCUGCCCAGGUAUGCAGGAGAAUGUAGCACAACCUCAAACAUGUGAUCUUGAACCAUGGCUAGCGCCCGAUUACUUCGUCUCUUGCGCCAGGCUAUCUGUUAGUCAUGAAUAAUCAGGUAGAGAAGCUUGAGCGCCACGAAAAUGAAAAUGGAUUAAAACGUUCAA